UACAGGUUAUUAUCAAGGAAAGAGAAGGAGAUAGCUGUAGUUACACACAGUGGAUUCCUGUAUCAUACGCUUGCUGCAUUUGGCAAUGACUGCCAUCCUCUGGUGAAGCGAGAAAUAUCCAAGCAUUUUGCCAACUGUGAGCUCCGUUCGCUGAUCAUUGUGGAUAGAAGCAUGAUGGGGUUGGAUAUCCCAGCAACUAAUUAUCCAGGAAAUAUCCCAUCUGGCCGGGAUUUGCCUAGUGAUGUUGCAGAUGAGAAGAAUCAGGAGAAAGAAAUCCACAAGUGAGCAACUAGACUAAGCAUGUUGUCGCUAGCACUAGAAUCCCACAUUUCUUC